ACUAAAAUAAAUCAAAUAAAAAUUAAAAAUUACUUUUAAUUAAUUAGUUCGCGAUCGCUCAGAGAGUCAGAGGCCUAUUGCUUCGGCAUCGCAGCCUCGAUCCGGCAUUGUCACACCUUGGGGUGCCAAGAUGGUUGUACAGGGCUUCACUGUGGAUUUGAACAAGCCACUUGUUUUCCAGGUUGGCCAUCUAGGAGACGCAUAUGAGGAGUGGGUUCAUCAACCAAUUGUAAGCAAGGAUGGCCCAAGAUUCUUUGCAAAUGGGUUUAUGGAGUUCUUGACUUUGACCCCGUGGUGGGCAAUUCCAAGCAUAUGGGUACCGGUGGUGUGUUGGUUUGCAUCAACCUCGGUAAACAUGGGACUCCCUAUUCCUGCGCUAGCCGCAACAAUGCUUGUCGGCAUCUGUAUAUGGACAUUUAUGGAAUACACUCUACACCGUUUCGUCUUCCACAUUAAACCAUCUGGAUAUUGGUCAAACACCUUCCACUAUUUAAUCCAUGGCUGCCAUCACAAACACCCCAUGGAUGGAAUGCGCCUGGUUUUCCCUCCUGCCGCCACCGCCAUUUUACUCGUGCCCAUAUGGAAUCUGGUUAAACUUCUAGCUCCGCUAAUGUACUCCUCCGCCUUGCUCGCCGGAGGUUUGCUUGGAUAUGUGAUGUAUGAUUGCACCCAUUACUAUUUGCACCAUGGCAAGCCAUUGACAGGGGUUUCCCAUCAUCUCAAGAGGUUUCACAUGGAUCAUCACUUCAAAAUUCAGGACAAAGGAUUUGGAAUCACGUCGGCGUUCUGGGACAGGGUGUUCGGAACUCUGCCACCGACGAAAACCAGCAAGAAAAGUAGCUAGCUAGCUAGGUAAAAUUUAACAUGCAGAGCAGAUGAAGAAGAAGAUGAAGUGAAAUAGCCAGCCUAGCUGGUUUUCAUCUCUGAACAUAUACAUGCAAUAUUUUUGGGUCGCGUUUGCCUCCCACUGACACCAAUAUUGUAAUUAAGGCACUUUAAUUUGCUAAGAUUUCCAGCUUCCCAAACACGCAUGCAUGCAUGCAUGCUUUACUUUGGACGUACGUACUGUAAACUACUCUCAUGAAGAUAUACGGUGAAGGAGAAAUACUAUACGCUCGCUUAUGUAAUUUGUCAGACCAAUAAAU